AUGGGAGGGCCAGGGGAUCCAGCAGACGUUGCUCUAGCUGCAUUUGCAGAACGCAAUAUUCCAAUUAAACGAGAGGAACUUGAGUCAAUAUUUGAUAGGGAGCCCAGCAGCGCGAAAUGGGUACUGGAACAUCUCAGUAAUGACACGCUCCUGUCGAAAGAAGAACUCUCACUGCACUCAAAACUAGGAGGCUCUGGCGCCAUAGAAAACCUACUCCGUUGCUCCGAUAUCAACGCGUCUCGACCAUUCUUGGAACAAGACAUUCUGACCGCGAUCGAAUCCUUGGAGACCUCGACUUCUGCGAUUGAGAAACAAACAAACAUCUUGAACCUACAAUGGGAUAACCUCGGCAAACAACUUCGCCUUCAGAAUGAUCGAAAGCAGGCUCGAAGCAGAGAUAGCGCACAGCUCCGCAGGAAACACGAAUUGGGUAGGCAGAACAUUGCAGCCGCAUCUGAUGAUCUGGUUGAUGGAAUUGAGGUGUGUUUGAGAGAUGAAACAGAAAAGGCGACAACGGAGGGUAGAAGCGUGCUCUCUUUGACAGCAGCCAAACUCAGGGAUGACGAUAAGGCUCUUGGAGCUUUGGAGAGGCUCGCAUCCAGUUUGGAUUCUGCUGGGGAUAGUGCUGCUGCUGUGAGACGCACAACGGAGCUUAGCGCGACCUUUGAAAAAUAUAUCACCGAAGAGAUACACUACCGCCUCGAUCGAUUGUUUCUGGAAAGCAUGCAUGAUGGCCAUCUGGAUUCCGAUGCACCUUCGGGGAUAGGCGAUGAAGAGGAUCUUAUCGCUGUGUUGGAAGGAGAGCUGGAAUCCUUGUAUCCGGAAAUCGGGGUCUUGGCUGAAAUGUCAACAAGGAAACAAUUCAGUGAGCCCAUUAUCCGAGAACUGCAAAACCGUCAUGAUAAACUGUGCGUCACCUCCAUCGGAAAACUAGAAUAUAUUGCAGACAAAAUAAUCGAGAUGACUUCAUCUACCGAAAAUCUUACGGAACGCCUGCGAGAUCGCAAAUCCUUCAGGGGGACUCUUGAAGCACUGGCAGACCUCUACCAAACAGAACGGGGCGACCGGUCUUCGGCUAAGCCUGCGAGACGAGAAACCCUGCAGAGAUAUUCACUUCAAGCACGUAUGCUACAAGCGACUCCGAGAAAUUCGGCUGUCCCGUUUCCAGAAUCAUCGGCCCUCGAGAGAAUUUUGCGCCGCCUGGGUAUAUCUUCCGACUCAGCCUUCCAGCCUCCAGAGGAAAAUGGAGAGCCCCACAUACUCUACGAAAAGAAAUAUCACAUGCUGAACUACCUACACAACAUGGGCACCGCUGUCGAUUCUCCCCUAAUGCCUCAGAUGACUCCAAUGGACUCCGCAUCCCAGCUCCUAUCAUUCUCCCUCCACGCAGAUUCACCAUUCAAGCGCUCCCUUUCAAAUACCGACCAGGAAAGGAGACUUGGUGCACUGGAGACGCAAUUAGGCCAGGUUCAGAAGGGAAUUGAGGGUCUCAACCUGGAUAUUUUCUACCAACGAGAUAAAGCCCAAGAUAGAUUUUUAGAACGGUGGUUGUAG